AUGUUGGAGAAUGCUACGGCCGAAUUGGUAGGCGAUUAUGGCUACCUCCGACAAGCUAUUGAUCCGUUGAUUUCAAACACACAGGCAGUCAUGGGGAGGUGAAAAAAGAUUUUGAUGACGAAAUUACACGAUCCCCUUAUUGAGUAUUAAAAAAUUAAAUUAUUUCAGAGAUUCGAUGAGUUAUUUGCUCCCGGAUUAUCGCACAGUAACUCCUUGUACGAUCGGGACUUCCAGCAGUUGUGCUGUUGCCCAGAUCCCCAAUUCAAGUCUGUAUUUGUCUUCAGGCAAUACCUACCAAAUGAUGGAUAAGUUCAUUCGAAUCCUCCAAGAUGCGAAUGCCUACAGUAUCCAGAGAUCCGAGUUUUUGAUCUUCACAAAUAUUAAUUGCAGUAAUGUAAGGAAUGAUAAUAUGUAUCCAGAUGUCUACGAUAUGUUUGUGACCAACUUUGAGAAGACGUUGAAUACUAUUAAGAGCAGUAAUUUGCAUACUUACAUCUUCUGGAAUCGAGUGAGUCCUUCAAAAUUUAAAUUAUUUUUUGGUUCCAUGUGAUCAUGAGAACCUUACUUUAGCUAGAAACAAUGUCCGGACCAUGCAAAAACCUUAAGGAUUAUAAAGACACAAAGCUAGUCUAUAUCUCCCAAACCAAUUGGAAUAUGACCGGAUUUAAGGAGGAAGUAAAGUAGGUUAAAAUUGGAGAUGAAGAUGUUGGUCUAGGCAAAAGUUUGUGGAAGAAUGGGACGCCACAGGUUCCGGAGGAGCUCUUUCUCCGGAAGAAGAAGAAGGUAACUUUAAAUCGUAUCACAAUUUUUUUGACAAUCCUUUUUUAAUUUCAGGAGGUUACGCGGCGGUGAUUGGGGGAUCUGUCGGCGGGUUUGUUUUCCUCGCCCUUACCGCCCUCGGCAUUUACUUGUAUCGAAAACGGAAACGGGAGCAAAAAUUAAGGUAACUUUAGUUGUUUCAAUACUUCUUUGCUACCUCUCAUUUUUUCAUUUUCUAAUUUGAAAUUUGCAGAGAAUUCGCGGAAUCCCACAAACACUCUUCUAAAAAGGAUACUGUCAAUAUAAAGACCGAUGAUAGAUACGAAAUUGACAACAAAGACCUUACUUUCGACUAUGACAUCAUUUUGGGGUCUGGAGUUUCUGGAAAAGUUUAUAAAGGGAGUCUGGACAGAUUUAAUGUGGAAACAAGGGAAUUUACGAAGGUCGAGGUCGCAAUUAAGAUCGCUCAUGUGGUCGCUAAACAGGCUGUUAAGUGAGUAUUCUGUUUGCAAUUAAACUUUUAUUAGAACUACUAAGACCAUGUAACAUUAUACCUUCCAGAAAUGAUAUGUUGCGCGAGAUAAGUCUAAUGAAAUGUCUGAGCAACCAUCCCCACAUCCUCCAAUUAGUCGGAUGUAUCAGUGAUCCCUCAAAUCCCGUACUGGCAACUGAAUAUUGCGCCAAUGGAGAUCUUCUUCAUGUCCUCAGAGAGCAUGCUUUGCAUUUUUGGGUAAUUAUUGUAAUCAGAAACUGACGUCAUUUGCAGGAUCCAGAGCCUUGUCGUCGAGUAAAAAUCUGUUUAUUGAUGGCCGAUAUCUACAAAAUUGCAGAACAAAUCGCCAGUGCUAUGGUAAGCAAAGAAAAAUUAAAAUUAAAAAAAGCUUUGUAAUCACAACACCGGAAGGCUCAAACUGUUCUUUAGGGUUACAUUGCCAGUAAAAAGUACGUCCAUCGGGAUCUGGCAGCCAGAAACGUCUUUAUAACGGCUGAAAUGGAGAUAAAAGUUGGGGACUUCGGAUUGUGUAGACAAUAUCAGGAAGAUUUUUACACACAGCAAGCAGGGAAGCUGCCGAUUAAAUAUAUGGCAUUGGAGUCGCUUAAAGACUUUAGUUUCAGCGAACGGACGGACGUGUAAGUCUGGUAAAGAUGUAAUGAUUUGUGAUCUAACAAGUAAGGCAAGACAAUAAGAGUUUCCUCGUUUCAGAUGGUCUUACGGCGUCUUAUUUUUCGAAAUUUUGUCUGGUGGAGAAAAGCCCUACUCCGAUAUCCAGAAUGAAGAUAUGGUUUAUUAUUUAGAGAACGGGAGAAGACUCCAAUUACCGGAGCAAACCCCAGCUGAAUUGCAAGUUUUUAUAUAUUUUCUCACCCACAACUACAUACAUUUAAAACUCGCUUUUUACGAAUCUGAAGACCAAAUGUUUGUAAGAAAAGUGUGGUUCAAAACAAAGCAUUGAAAGCGUAAACCUUUCAAAAAAAUAUAACUUUGAAAAAAGUGUUAAUUUUGAUGUAACCCUGUUAUAAAUGGAAAUGUUUUUUUAUACUAUUUUCUAAAAAUCUGAGAUCAGAAUUUACACGUUUUCAAAAUUACACUUAUUAAGAAAAAUCUUGUCACUUACAUUUAUACUUUUACACUUACAUACAACAAACUUCAUUAACACUUUUUCAAAGUUUUUGAAAAAUUUACACAUGCAAUACUAUUUUUUGAAUCACAUUUUUCUUACAAAAAUGUUAGUGAAACGAAAGUUCCUGAAAUCUUUCCGUUUUAGUCUGCCCAGUUAUUUUUUUCUUCCUUGUGGGCGAAAAAAUUGAAUUUUCUCGGAACCCCUCUUGUAUGUUUGAUUCGUUUCGAAUCAUUAUGUAUUCCUUUUGACGAUGAGGCACAAAAAAAUUGCGACGUUUCGUCUGUCAGCCGGUAAAAGCACGAUUCGGAUGUCGUCGUUGGGAUCCUUUAGCCGAUAGUUCCAUUUCUCAAUUAUAUUUUUAUAGAUCCGAUCUGAUACAUCGAUGUUGGCUGGUCGAUCCACUGGAAAGGCCAACCUUUGAGGAGCUUACAAAGAAAAUGAGGGAAUUCCAAGGCCUUAGUCCCAUUUCCGAUGACGUCAUCGCAAUGGAAAACGAGACAGAAGAAGAUGAGGAAGAAAAGGAAAGGGAUGAGUAA